CACAGCCAAAGCACUCUUCAACUCACAGUAAGUUCACUUGAGGGAAGAGAAUCAUUUUCAGAAAACCCAGAAAUGGAGGCUCCUGUGAAAUUCCUGUGCAUUCUUGGGAUGCUAGUGGUGUUUGUGAGCACUGGGGGUUUUGAGAGGGUUGAGGGUGCAGGGGAAUGUGGGAGCUCUACCACACCAGAUAAUGAGGCUCUCAAGCUUGCUCCUUGUGCUGCAGCAUCUCAAGAUGCAAGUGCCAGUGUCCCCCGGAGUUGCUGUGCUCAGAUCAAGAAAUUUGGGCAGAACCCUAAUUGCCUCUGUGCUGUUCUGCUCUCCAACACCGCCAAAAGCGCUGGAGUUAAGCCGGAGAUCGCCAUCACCAUCCCCAAGCGCUGCAACUUGGCUAAUCGCCCUGUUGGCUACAAGUGUGGACCUUACACUCUUCCUUGAUAGAGGAAGCUGAGAUAAAGGAGGACAAGGCUUAAGGAAGACAAUAGCUGUUGGCAAUAAUUGUGAAAAUAAUUGUGUUGUAUUCUCCUGUAACUUUAAUAAGAGCUAGCAGCUCUUCAUUGUCCAUCCUUUAUAAUACAUGACAUUCCAGUUUUAAAUGUCUCUGCAAUAGUCUUCAAUUAAUCCCUUCUGUGUUUCAAAACCCAGGGG